CGUAAGUCGACUUUGAUACCCCUACUUUGGUCAAAAAAAAAGUGAAUCUUUCAAAGGGGAACAUUAACAUUUUAGGGAAAAAAUUCAACAUAUUGCUUUCAUUGAAUGGAAAUUUUUACAUAGUGUAGGUGCAAAAUCAACUCAAAACUAGUUUAAGAUUAUGGAUACCAAAGUAGAAGAAUCUAUCUCUGUCACAACGACCAAUGCCAACAACAUCCCCUCCAACGAAUCUGAUAACGGUGAGGAAAUCAUCAACUGGGAGGAGGAAGCAACAGCAAUUAUUAAUGAUGUCAAAACCCAUGUAGCCGAAAUUGAGAUCUCGAAACUACCCAGCAAUGAAAGUCACAUAUACAUGAAUAUUCGCACAUUCGAGGGGGCCACAUACUGUAUCCACGUUAGUAGUAUGGGCUUUCGAGUUGUUUCGGAAAUUUACAAUACCAUAGACGAGGACAAAACCGAGGUCAACGAAGAUGAGGUGUAUGAAACACCAUAUGCUCUGCUGGAUAAGAUAAGUCCACGGUAUGUUGAGUCCUUUGGUAAUCAGUUGUGUAAACAACUGUUGGCUUUGCAGCAAAUGCAGACGGAAUUCAAGGAAGAAGACGAAGAAGGCCUGGAAGAGGAGGAUGAUGAUGAUUGAAUCAACGAAUAAGCUUAGGAGAAUACAGACUAACAUUUAGAUUUGUAAGUUAACAUUUCACAAGAGGAAGACUAACCCACCCCCAUUCCCCCUUGGCUGACUUGAAAAAUAACAAAAUUUGCCACUAGAACAAUUUCCCAUAGGUAUAUCUCUUAACAAUUUGUACGAAAAAAAAAACAUGUAUUCUUUGUUUUGUUUGGGGUAUAAUUUUAUAUUAGCAGCUUGUGGAGUAUGUAUCUACGCUCGAACGCAUUUUGUAUCAAUUAGCAUAAUAAUAAUAGUAUAUGUGAUUAUUGUUUUUUAAAACAUUAUUAAUUCCAUGCAAUUAAAUAUGAAAGAUCUUUUUGUUCCAAAUAUAUAUAUGUACCAUGUAAUUUUUGUUUAGACUUUUAAACGUUUCAAAAAUAAAGAUUGUGAUUGUAAUUCCAAA